AUGGCCGAGCGCGACCUCUCGCCCACGUCGACAUCUUCGACACGGUCCAACAUUACCGUGCGGACAGACAAGCAGGUCGAUGAUCGCGCUAUGUCUAGCGCGUCGCCCUCCAUCUCCACGCCCCCCACGAGCCUCGGCGACGAAACCAGCGUCCUUUCCGAGAUGCCCAAGAUCGAACAAGUCGUUGAAAGUUUUGAGGAGGCCACCGUGGUGGAAGUGGCAUGCGACGCCGCCCCGUCAGCAGAAACCCCGACUCCUGAGCAAGCCAGCAGCGAGAGCCGCCGACCCGCAAGGAGUUCGCGCAAAUCCGUUACAACGUACAAUGUCCAGAUCCUCGCCGGAACUGCCAUUCAUACUCCGACAAAGUAUCUCGAGAAGCAUCACAAAAAUGUCGUUCACGGUUCAUUAGAGGCCAUUAUAAAGACCGAGGCGCCACCAACAAAGAGGAAAUACCAAAAGCGGAAGUCUGUAGCGGCAGAUGGCAGCGAUCAAGCCGAAGAGCAGCUGGCUUCCGAAUCCACUCAGGCAGCCAGGCGUCGCACUUCUUCACGAGUCACGGAUCUUCGCAAGGAGGUGCUCCGCAACAUGUCAGGAGUUGGAGAGGCAGUGUCAAACACCCUUUCAGGAGGGAAGGCGCUACUUCAGGGAGGUCUUCGGCGCAGCGCAUCCGCCCCUCAGCUGAAAUCAUCCAAGUCAAAAUCAGCCACAAAUUCCCUCAAGCGCUCACGUGCUGCAGUCGAGGAGAGCGACAGCCUCCCAGACAGCGAGCCCCAAGAAAUUGCAAAGCCAAAAACCAAGGUCUGGCUGAAGCAAGGUCUGUACGUAGGCCAGGAUCGUGAUUUUGAUCCUCGUCUCUCAGAAAGCCAAAAUCGCGCAAAGAAGCGGGCCAAGAAGUCCAAGGAGUCCAAGGGAACCAACGCCCUACCCCUCCCGGUUUUUGCUACCGAUCGUCUUUUGAACGAAGACCCAAAACAUGUAUUUCGUGAUUUCAAACUUCCGUUUGAUACUUACCAUCCUCUGCCUAGAAAAGUCAAGGUGGAUGGAUGGGUCAAGUUGAACAAAAACAGAUUCAUUGGUGAUGCAUCUGCCCUCUGGAAGCGGGACAAGCAAGACACUUCUCAAUGCUAUUGCGAUGUGGACGACGGCUGUGGAGAGUCGUGUCACAACCGUAUCAUGGCCUACGAAUGCGAUAGUACCAAUUGCCCACUUACCAAAGAGCAAUGCAACAAUCGACCUUUUGCAGAGCUGAAGAAGCGUGCAAAGGGUAACCGCUACGACUACGGUGUAGAGGUUCUGAAUACCGACGAUCGCGGCUUUGGUGUGCGCGCCAUGCGAACUUUUGAGCCGCAUCAAAUUAUUGUUGAGUACGCCGGAGAAAUCAUCACACAGUCCGAGUGCGAGCGACGCAUGAAGCAGGUGUACAAGAAAGACAAGUGCUACUAUCUGAUGAGCUUUGAUAACAAGAUGAUCAUUGAUGCAACUCGUGGAACUAUUGCCCGCUUUGUUAACCACUCUUGUGAGCCCAACUGCGAGAUGAUCAAGUGGACUGUUGGGGGUGAGCCCCGGAUGGCUUUGUUCGCUGGGUCUCGAGGAAUCAUGACCGGCGAAGAAUUGACGUAUGAUUACAAUUUUGACCCGUUUUCCCAAAAGAAUAUACAAGAGUGUCGAUGUGGUACCGAGUCUUGCCGCGGUGUGCUCGGUCCUAAACCUAAGAAACCUGUCGAGGAAAAGUCGCUUACUUCGACACUGAUCGCUGGCACGAAGCGCAAGCUUCAGGAUCUGCUCGGUUCAAAAAGGGGUGGCUCUGAAAGCACUCAGAAUUCGCCGAAAAAGCGGAAGCUUCUUGCUGGGAAAAUCGGUUCUAUCAAGGCAAGAAACAAGUUGAUUGCAUCGCAGACGGCCCGCGAGCAAGCUGAGCAAGAAGCGAGUGAGCAUUCUCGGCAGACUGCAUCUCGCGAAAACCGUGCUCUCAAGAGGUCGGCGCCAGCGGCAACGGGCCGACAGGCUCGAGCAGCCAAGUCAAGUACUACUCGUCCCACUGCUGUCAAAGUCACCACACGCCACACAACAGUUACCUUUCAGCGUAAGGUUUCGCGACCGGGCGCGUUGAAAUCCGUAAAGAAGUUUUCCCGAACAGAAUCCGGUGCUCGCCAAGCCGAACCGAAGCCUAAAGGCAAGAAAGGAGUCCGAUCCGCCCAGCGACCUAGUACUCCCGAUCGAGAGACGGGCGAUAGCGCAUCAGAAUCCGAAGACGACCAUAUGUCUGUAAAUAUUACGCCCGCCUCUUUGCGCAGCGCGGCUAGAAAAUCCGCGCAAUCCAGCCCCGUUUUUAUACAGUCCGGCAAAGCUGCAGUCCGCACAAAGUAA